AUGAACGCCACCACCGCAUGCGCCGUGUCUGUUGAUGCUGAGCAUGUUGAACAUGAGGACGCCGUGCCAUCGCAUGUUUUCCCCUUCCUCAGGCUUCCACGAGAGCUGCGGGAUCAAAUAUAUGACUACACUUUCGCUGCGCAAGAGUUCAGCGUUGACCGGGCCAUUGAGCGACGUCACCUGAAAUAUUUCAAACCCAGCGCUGCUGCCAUCCUCCUCAUAACCCGCCACCAAUACUUCCUCCUCAACCGUCAAGUCGCCCGUGAAGCCCUCGAGAUCCUGUUCAAAAACCACACCGUCUACCUCAGCUGCGGACCAUUUGUUCUCAAAGCACUGCUAGAGAAGAUCGAAGAACCCAAUGGACCCGGUAGACAAUGGCUGAAAUGGCUAAAGAAGAUAGAGCUGGAUUGGGAAAACCUGCCCAAUCUGCAACACUACCCACCUGACCGAGAAGAAGGAAGGGACGUGUGGUACUGGGAGCAUGACCAAGAAGAAGUUGACGUCGACUACAUGAGAGGCGCCUACUACAGCGGCCACUACGACGAACACGACCACGAAGGCGGAUCCUACGACGACAACAUAUACGACGCCUCCAACGCAUCGCUAUACCCAUCCUUCCGCCAGCCAGCCACCACACAACCCCCCAACGCAAACGACCCCUUCGGCUUCACAAACCAUUACCCCUUCGCCGACCCAACACUCGACCCCGUCCGCGAAGCCUCUGCCGCAGACAUAUCGACGAAACUCGACCUCCUCGUCUCCAUGGAAGUCACACCCCUCUUCACAUACCUCGCCUCGUCCACGUUCAAUCUCAGCAGCAUAACACUUCCUUUGAGGUUCAUAUCCCGCGGCUCACACCAAAGCCGCAGCGUCUCGCGACCAGGCUUCGCUCUACCGCUUAAGAUACGGUACUGGGUUCAAGUCUGCGUCCACGCCCUCCUCAUGCUCACUUCUGCGCAUGAAAGCGGUACAUCGUCAUCGACGCCAUUACAAGAGGUGCGUGUCAAGUACGCGCCAGUUGAUAUCUGGGCGUCUAUGGAACCGACGGACGACUUGCGCCGUAUUGUCGACUUGGGAGUCUGGUUCGAUAACCCGGAGGAAGGUCAGGAGAUAGAGAGGGAAGGAGAGGGCGAAGCGUUCCGCGCUGUUUGGGACGGAAUGCGAGCGAGGACUUCGUAUGAAGAGCGGAAGAGGUUGGGGAGCAGAUGGGGGUUGAAGGCUGAUAUCACGUUUGAUCCUUGGGAUGGGGAUAUGGAUAAGGGGAGGGUGGGUGAUGAAGUUGAGAUUGUUUUCACGAGGAAUGAGGACACGACUCCAGUGUCUUGA